GAUUGCAGCAGAGUUCUCUGAUGAGAUGACUAGUUUGAUUGGAGAUAGUUUUGGUUUAAAAAGGCCUCCUCUUUGCAAAUUGAUAAAAGAUAUAUUAGAAGAGUAUCCCAGUGGACAAAUAUUUAAAGAAAUCAUACAAAAUGCUGAUGAUGCCAGAGCCACCGAUGUCAAAUUCUUUUUGGACUUUCGCACCUUUAAAACACUCCCCCCAGAACUAAUAUCAACUACAACUGAUCAAGAAGAAAUAGUGCAACAAUUUUCAGGACCUGCUUUGCUUUCCUAUAACAAUGCUUCUUUCAAAAAAGAGGACUGGGAAAAUAUACAAAGACUUCAGCAGAGUGGUAAAGCCAAGAACCCUCACAAAGUUGGAAAAUUUGGAAUUGGAUUUAAUUCUGUCUAUCAUAUUACAGAUUUACCAGUUAUUCUGAGUCAGAAUUACUGUGGAUUCAUAGAGCCACAGGAAAUUGCAUGGAAAGGUGAAACAGGUAAAGGUUUUACUCUAGAAGAGUUAAAGGAUAGCUUCCCAGCAGUGCUGGAGCCUUUUCAUGGUAUUUGUGGUUUUUCAAAACAAAACCCCAGCUUUAAAAAUAUGACCUUGUUCAGAUUUCCAUUGCGUAAUAAAAAGUCAAAGCUGUCCAAUAAGUCCUACACUAUUGAUGAGCUUCGUAGUCUGCUGGAUGCAUUGAAAAAAGAGGCUCGAUAUUUGUUAGUUUUUCUUCGAUCAGUGUGUUCAAUUGAAAUAUGUCAAAUCACAGAGUCGAAUACUACUGAGUUGUUAUUUAAAGUCAGUUUGAGUGAGAGAGAUUGUCAGUCAAGAAAAUCCCCAGAAAAAAGUUUAAUCAAGAAAGUUGAGUCAACUUUUAAAGGUCAAUCACAAUAUAGCUCACGUGAAGUAAUUAAAGACAUUUCACGUUUUAAAAUUGAAAUUGUUGACAAUUACAAUGUCACUGAGCAUGAAUGGCUUGUUGUUAAUCAGGUUGGCAGUCCAGAUGUUGAAGUAAUGCAGUUAGCAGAGAAACAGCAUGUACUGCCUUGGGUUGGAACAGCUAUUUCUUUGAAUGAUAAUAACUUGCAUUCAGUUGGUCGUAUUUUUUGUGCCCUACCUCUACCUAUAGAGGAUCAAUCACCAUUUUUCGUUCAUGUGAAUGGAACAUUUGCUAUUUGUAAUAACCGUCGUUCUUUGAAAUGGGAGGCACAAGAGAGGAAAGGGGAUGAAGAGAGUACAUGGAACAAAUUAUUAGUGGAGAAGUGUCUUUUUUCAUGCUACUUUGAGCUCGUUUGUAAGCUCAUGGAGCAACAUGAUGUCGAUACUAGCAUGGUAUACAAGUGCUGGCCUGAUAUUAAAAAAACUCAAGAUACACCAUGGUAUGGCUUACUAGCACCUUUUUAUCAGUUGCUAGUGAAGAGCAGUAAGGCAGUCCAUACUUGGCUAUCUGGAGGAGAAUGGAUUAGCAUCAAGGAAGCAAUUUUUGUUAAUGAUAAUUUACCUGUAGCAGUUAGAAAUGCUUUAAUGGAAUGUUCUAUUAAAUUAGUUGAUAUUGAUGAUAGCUGCAGCCAGGCCUUAAAGCAAUACUACCAAGAUAGCCUCACUAUGCUUCAGCCUGCCUUAGUAAAAUUUUACUUAAAAAGUAAUCAUGACUCUUACUGCAAUGGAUCAAAAGAAGAUAAAUUUGAAAUCCUUAAGUACUGCCUUAGCGAUAAAACUUAUAAUGAUUUAACUGGUCUUCAGUUAUUGCCAUUAGCCAGUGGCAACUUUCAACAAUUUUAUACUAAACCGCUUUGUGCAGAAGCCAUUUUCUUGAGCAGUUCCUCUUAUCCUAGUGAUUUGUUGCCUGAUUUAGAGAGCAAGCUAGUGAGUGUGUAUAAUGAAGAUGAACAGUUGCAUUUAGAACUUUGCUUAGUUUCAUACAGUGGUUGUACGCAGCUAACUAUGCUAAACACAAAAGAAAUAGCUAAUUUAAUAUCGCUAGGUAUCACAAGCAAAUGGUCAAGUAAGCAAAUGUCUCAUUUUUGGCAUUGGCUUCAAAAACAAAAUUUAUCACAUUUUGAAAACAAAUUUUUGGUACAAAUCAAGUCAUUUUCCAAUGGCACUACAGGCAUUGCUAAAUUGGCUAAAGAAGAUGGAGUUGUUUACAUCUCUCAAAUUUCAAAUAUGCGAUCACUUUUAACUGGCUUGGAAAAGUGUGGCAUUAAAUUUGCUGAUGCGUGUGCCUUUCCUCAUUUGAAGCAUAAGGAUCUUAAUGAAUACCUUUAUCAGUUUGAUCAUAACCAGAUACUUGAUGCCAUGCAAUCAUUAAAUGUAGCAAGUGACAGACUUAGUAGUCAUGAAGCUAUUGCUCUACAAAACUACUUUUCAAAUUCAGAUCUUGGUAGACAAAAAAGGAUUGACACUAUUUGUAAGAUUCCAAUGUUUAAAGUUCUCCAGCAAAAAACUCGUGUCUCUGUUGACUUUAUUAAGUCACACAAUAGUGAAACUGAAGCUAUUGCAAUGGACCAUACUUACAGCUGUGAAACAAAUUUACUUCCAACCACAGUUUUUGUGAUAGAUGCCACAGAAAAUGAAUCAAGCCUUAUCAAAAAGUUAAAUGACCAGAUUCGCCUCUUGCGAGAAGCAGAAUUCCUUCAACAAAUUGCAUUUCACCAAAUUCAUAAUAAAGAAUUUACUCUAAGUAAUGUGGUACCAUUUAUGAUCAGUGUUCUCAAAAGUUUUGAUAAUCAAGAAUACAAAGAAGCAGCUGAGCAACUGACUAGUACCAUGAGAAGUUUACCAUUUGUUGAAGUUGUAAACUCAUCGAGAUUGGAAGCUCCUCAAAAUUUGUUUGAUCCUGAUAAUGAAAUAUUAGUUCAGCUCUACCUGGGAAAGCAUAAGUUUCCUUCAUCUUGUUUUUAUCCUUACCUUUCAAUAUUGAGGCAAUGCAGUUUAAAAAUGAAAGUCAGUGCCAAUGACAUCAAUCAAAUUUUAAGAUCUAUUCGAACCAAAACAGUACAUUCUCAGACUAGUUACAAAACAAGUGACAAUAACUACAAAAGAGCUAUUGCAAUAUUGAAGUAUUUGUCACAGCAUUGUCAUUUAUUAAAUGAUAUUGAUGAAUACAACUCCACGCUCACUUUUUUACGUAAGGAAGCUAGGCAAUAUUACUGGCUUCCUGUGUCAAGUAAGUGUCCUACGAAUUACCCUUCAUGUCUUGCUUGGAAAGGAUCUAAAUACAGCAAUAGUUUAGUCUCAUGUGAUGGUAAUUCUCUAAUAGUUUUGACACAAAAUCUUUCUUCAUCAAAACUACCACUGAUAGCAGGAUCACAAGUUCUAUUCAUAGAUAAUGUUCCCAGUAAACUGGAAGAUUUAGGCAGUCAGCCCAGUGAUAUAGUACCUGCUGUAAUCUCUCAUUUUAAUCAAGUAAUAUCAAAUGAAAAUAAUAUUUCAGGGGACAUCUUAGAAUUGAUUUCAUACUAUACUUAUGAAUACUUGUUUCAAAAUGUUAAAUAUUGCACUGCAAAGUCAUUUUCUGGCAAAUGGAUAUGGUUGCAAAACCUUUCAACAUUUAUUUCUUCAAGUAAAGUAGCUGUAGCAGCAAAUCCUUUAUUUAGGCUUAAUCUUGAGCCAUUCAUUUAUUUGUUGCCUUCAAAUUUACUCAAAUUUUCUGAUCUCUUUAAAAAAUGUGGUGUUCCAACUGAAGUAACACCAAACCAAAUUCUUUCAGUCCUUCACUCAAUUAGGAAUACUUCCAGUCAGUCAAAGCUUAAUGAAGAUGAAGCAUGGUCAAUAGUUACAGCUGUACUGAGCUGGGUAGCUGAAAAUAUUAACAGUAAAAGUAAUAUUUUAGUACCAAUCGAUGAUGACUCUGUUUAUCCUCAACUUUUUCCUUUUGAAGAAGUAACUUAUACUGAUAAUGACAUGCUGCAUGCUAUUGCCAAGGACUCAGAUGAAAAGUAUUAUCUAAUACAUCCAAAAUUAUCUCAUUUGUCAUCUAAAUUGGGGCUAACUCCGCUUAGUGAUCAUCUUGAUAUUACUGAGGAUGUCUUUGAUGAUGCUGGUCAAAAUGAACCAUUGACAACUCGUCUUAGUAAUAUUUUAAAAGAUUACAAAGAUGGUCUCACAAUUAUAAAGGAGAUGAUACAAAAUGCUGAUGAUGCUGAAGCUACUGAAGUCAACAUAUUGUAUGAUGAUCGCACACAUUCUACUGAAAAACUAUUGUUCAAAGGAAUGGCAGGUAGUCAUGGUCCAGCUCUUAUAGUGCACAACAAUAGUGUCUUCAAAAAGGAAGACUUUGAAAACAUUACAAAGCUAGCUGGAGCCACUAAAAAGGACCAGCCACUUAAGAUUGGUAAAUUUGGUGUUGGGUUCUGUUCAGUGUAUCACAUCACUGAUGUACCUUCCUUUGUUAGUGGUGAGUGGUUUUAUAUUUUUGAUCCAACACUUAAGCAUCUUAAAGGUGUAGUGCAUAAUGAGAGCAGACCUGGAAAAAAAGUCAAAUAUCAGUCUAAAUUUAUGGCUCAGUCUCAGCAAAUGGCCCCUUAUGAAAAUAUAUUUGAGUUCUCUUCUUCUGCAAAUUAUGAUGGAACAAUUUUUAGGUUGCCUUUUAGAGAAAAUGCUAGUCAAAUCAGUUCUACUAUUUACAAUGAAUACCUUGUGCAAAAAUUAAAAGAGGACUUAAAAGAAAAUGGCUCCAAAUUAUUGAUUUUUUUGCAAAAUGUCAAACGUAUAACAUUCAGAUCAUUAGAUAGAGAUGAGCUAGUUAUUGACAUAUCCAUUACUUGUAGCAAUGAAGCAAAUGGAGUUAAAAAAUGCACAACAAUUUGUUUUAAUGAAUCAGAAAUAGAAUAUUGGUUAGUGGCCCAUCAAAAAGGCAAUUUGAAGCAAGAUGAUGAUGAUAAACCUGGAAUUGCAUCUGUAGCUUGCCAACUGAUUAAAAAGGAUUUAUGCUACAAAUCUCAAGAAAUAAAAGGUAAUUUAUUUUGCUUUCUUCCACUGUCAUCAUCCAGUACUGGUCUACCAGUACAUGUUAAUGCCAAUUUUGCUGUUUUGAACAACAGAACUGGUAUCUUUAUUGAAGAAACACCUUCUGAUUCAAGGGAAUUAUGGAAUAUGCAGCUAAUGAAAACUAUUAUACCAGAAGCAUAUUGUAAUUUAUUGAAAAAGUUACAAGAAAUGAGUGCCUCGCAACAACUGUUGUCAUAUGAAGAAAAUUUUUACUCUUUGUGGCCUUUAACAGAAAAGUUACAGGUAAGGAAUCCUUGGACAUGUCUGAUUUCAGCUCUAAUGAAGUUGAUAUCAGACAAACCAUUGUUUUACUCUUCUUCGACUGGUCAAUGGCUCACGCUAGCUCAGUCCCAGUUCCUUCCUAUAUUAUUUGGAUCAAAAUUAAGUGAUUAUUGUUCAUUUUAUAAAGCUGCUUCAAUUCUUAAGUUACCAGUAGUGUCUUUACCAAAAAAUCGUUUAGAUCAAUUAAUAGACAGUUUGUGUGUUUGCAUGCAGAUUACUGAUAGUGUAUUUUUUCAGAAGUUUUUCAGUAAAAUUGACUUGUUUACAUCUGAUAGUUCCAUUGAAAUUAGAAAUAGUAUUCUUAGCAUCAUGCUCUCAGCUAUUGCAUCAUAUCAUGAACAAUAUUCUAAAAUUGUGGAAGAGUUAAAAACUAUACCUUGUAUUCCUACUUCACCUGUAGGAAAAGAGCUCAAACCAGCUCAUGAACUUGUUGAUCCAUUUCAGUUUCAAGCUAUGUUUGAUCCUGAGGAUGGUAUGUUUCCCUUGAAUUGUCUUUGUGAAAAUCCACUCACAUAUAAAACAAUGCAAGCAUAUCUAAAUCUAAUGACAAAAGAUAUCUCUUGGGACACUAUUAUUAAAAGUGCCAAAACAAUCAAGCAGCUGUUUGAUAGUAAUAAGAGAAAAGCUUUAGAACGAGUGAAACUUAUAAUAAAAUCAAUUGGGACUCGGGCAAGAAAUGAAUGUCCUGUAGACACUUUUAAAUCUAUUCCUUUUUUGCCAGUGCUUCAAAAACCAGAUGUCUACAUUUUGCCAUGGAAGGGAAGUGGCUGCACUGUUUUGACACCAUUAGAAAUUUUUGCAGCGACCUCUGUUAGUAACCUCCAGAAAAUUAGCUUCAUUGCUGGAACUCAGAAAGCUAUUGCAAACACUAUGAGUUUGGAUAAAGAUGGAUGUACUUCAAUUCCAAAAACUGUUUUACAAUUACUGGAAAUUUCUUCUGAGCCAACAAUUGAAGAUGUAUUGAACCAUUUCAAUCUUUUGAUUGAGCUGAUGAUGUCAGAUGUUGAUCGUAAAAAUUGUCUUCAAGAUGAAGCUAUUUCUAAACAUGUUAAUGAUAUCUGUCAAAUGGUGUAUGGAUUCUUUGAAGGUCACCUUGAAAAUAAUGUUAUGGUUAAAGAAAUUGAAGAAAAGUUACAUUUUUAUGAUAACAAGCCAUUCAUAUGGACUGGUAAGGAGUUCGUGACAUCAGCUAAUGUAUCAAGAAAUUGGAAAAAAGAGGAUGGCCCUUAUUUAUAUAAACUUCCAAACAUUCUAGCAAUGAAACAGCGAUUACAACAAGUACUUAGUAUCAAUGAUGAAUUUGAUAUUAAUAAAUUGCUUGAUACUUUGGUUCUUAUGCAUUGUAGAUACAAGGAAGCACCAUUACCAUGUGAUAACCAUGAAUUUACUGAUAUACUAAUAUCAGAAUUAAAUACAGCUAAAGGAGAAUAUAAAGGGAGAGAGCAGAUAAUUUUAGUGGAUCAAAAUUACAUUUUACGUCCAAGCAGUGAACUCUAUUACAAUGAUGCAGAGUGGCUUCAAGUGGAAGUAGAUAAAUAUCAUUUUUUGCAUAAAAAUAUGUUAAGUAGUACAGCAGACUCUUUGGGGGUAAAACGCAUUCGGAGUAGUUUUUUAGACACUUUUGUAAAUGAAACAGCCUUCCAGGGCUCAAAGUUUGGUCAGAGAGAAGACCUGACUCAGAGGAUUAGGAAUAUCUUACGAGACUAUCCACUUAAUGAGAGCUUUCUUAAGGAGCUUUUGCAAAAUGCUGAUGAUGCAAAAGCAAAGAAAGUGUGUGUGAUCUUAGACAAAAGGCAACAUGGCAGUCAGACAACUCUGUCAAAAGAAUGGAGUAAUGAUUUGCAAGGUCCUGCUAUAUUAGUAUGGAAUGACAAAGAGUUUUCUGAGAAAGAUCUGGAAGGUAUACAGAAGCUUGGUCUUGGUUCUAAACGUGAUGAUGAUGAAUCAAUUGGUCAGUUUGGUAUUGGAUUUAAUGUGGUUUAUCAUGUAACUGACUGCCCUAGUUUCAUUACUUGUAACAGUAAUGUUCUCUGUGUGUUUGACCCUCACUGCAAAUAUGUACUUGGAGCAGACAAAAUUCAUCCUGGAAGGCAAUAUGAUGACCUUAAUAAUGGCUUUUGGGAAAAGAUGAAAGACUUACGUAGCUGCUAUCUUCAAGAUCCUAUACCAGGACAGCCGGAGCAUUUCAAAACUGGAACACUUUUUCGUUUUCCUCUUAGAUGGAAUGACAAACUUGUAGAUCAGUCAUUAGUGAUUGAAAGUAAGGAGACUCACUCUAUUCUAGUAAUGGAAGAUCAACUUAAACAAUGGGUCAAAAAAAUUGAAGAAGCACUUUUGUUUCUAAAUCACAUUACCCAGUUUGAAUACUAUGUAAUUGAAAGUACCAACAGUGAGUUUAAAUUAAAAAGCAAGUAUGAAGUGACUAUGAGCCAUACUGCAAUGCAGUGUCAUAAAGAGUACCAGACAUAUUUGAGCGAACAGUCAAAGGCCAAAAGUACUUGUAAAUCUUGCAAUCCUAAAGUUUUUACUUAUUCUCUCACCCUGCAAACUGAAAGAAAAUGUGAAAAAAGUUAUCAAAAAUGGGUCAUUCAACAAGGCAUUGGAGAUAUAUUGUUAGUUGAUCAGAAGUGGCAGUUUAUAGGUAAAGUUCUACCAAAGCAUGGUUUAGCAGUUCCUAUAAAAUCAUUAAAAGGGUUUGUUGGCAAGAUAUUCUGCUUUUUGCCCCUUCCAAUCACUUCAAGUCUCCCUCUUCAUAUAAAUGGCCAGUUUGUUCUAACUAGUGAUCGUCGUUCUCUGUGGCAUGGAGAAAAUAAGCACAGUGAUAAGAAUCAAUGGAAUAAUCGACUAAUUAAAGCAAUAGCUUCAUCAUACACAAGUUUUCUCACAAAACUUAGACAAUAUGUUGUGGAUACAAAGGGCUACAUGGAUGACAGAGAGUUUUAUAGAGCAGUUGAUAGUUAUUAUGACUUAUUUCCAUACUGGAUAAUGCCAGAACAAAGUAGCUUCUCGACAGCAAUUAAACACUCAUCAACUGAUGCCACAGCAAUGUCACAUACCCCUUCUGGUACCACUGCUACAAAUAGAGCCAGUCUCAAUGACCCAUGGCUAGCUCUAGCUAAAGAUGUAUUUUCAAAACUUUGGACUCAAAAUUGUGAAAUAUUAGUGAGCAAAGUUUAUAAUGGAAAUAAAAUAAAAACAAAUUGGCACAAGCUUCGCAAUGAUGAUAUUGAUGCUUUUACUCAAGCAUACUUUCCACGAAGCAGGCCUAGCCUACAACCAAAUAGAGUGUUACCAAUUCUGAAGAGGUUAGGUAUGACUCUGACUUGCGCUUCAGAAACUUUAUACAAACAUUUUAAGGACUUUAAACCUUUUAUUGCUAAACCAGAGCAAACUUUUGAUUUUUAUUGUAAAUUUCAUUCAAGAAUUGUCAGUUGUCCUACACCUAUUGAUUGCUCUCCUUUCAAACGUGAGGAAGAUUUUGCUAUUUUUCUGAAGUACAUAAUGAAGUCAUCCAAGGAUAAUUUACUGUUUUUGAAGCCACCAUACAACCUGCCUCUUUUAUUAACAGCAGACCGGCAUAUUAGAAAUUUUGAAGAAACCAACAAAGUGCUCUGCAGCAGAUUUUAUGACCUUUUUCCGGAGAGUUUAAGUGCUUUUUUACACCCUUGUUUGUUGGGGCUAGAAAUGUCUCCCACUUAUUUUCUUCUUACUGAUGAUUUUACAUUUUCUCAAGUUAAAGAAUUGCUUGACAAAAAUUUACCACCAGAGCUGUCUCUUAAUGAAGUGUUUAACGAAUUUAAUAAAGUUAUUGACAGAAAUAAGCUCAAAGAUAUUUGGAGCUGCAUUUCAGAAGAUGAAAACUUUUCCCAACAUCAGGAAAAGAUUGUUAGAUGCUGGGCAUUGCUACCAUCGACAAGUAACUCUCUUUAUCAGUCUAAAUCUUUGAUAAUACCAGUUCUUAAAAAUAGGCGUAAUAAGCCAGUGGAAAAUGAAGUAAGGCUAUAUGAAUUAUUAUGUGAUAGCUUAUCUAUUCCUUUACUUGAUGAAGCAAUUCAUGAAAGUGCUGCAAAAUAUUGUCCCCUACCUUCUAACUAUGACAAAGUGUUUCAAGUAAUAUAUAACCAACAAUGUCAGCACAGAGUGUUUGAAAAGGCUAAACUUUGUGAAAAUGACAUAAAGGUGUUAUUAUGCUACUUUAGUAGAACUAGUUUCAGGAAUGAUGAAACUAUCAAAAAUAAUGUCAAAAGUAUUCCAAUAUUUAUGACUGUAAAUAAAGUCUUGACAUCGCUGUUAGGAAAGGAUGUCUAUUUGUGGCCAAAAAAUGGCUGUUGUAUGGCUGGAUAUGAAAAGUGGGCUGUACUAGAUUCUGUUGUGUUUCUAGAAUAUGAAGGAUCAUGGAGAAAUCUGUGUGGGAAUGACUUUUCGCUAUUGGGAAAAACCCCAGAUGAGCGACAAAUUUAUUGCGAACUCAUUUUUCCUUGCUUCACUGAGUUAACAGAUGAAGAAAGAAAGCAGCAUCUUCAACAUAUCAAAGAUAAACUUAUUGAUAAUUCAAUAUUUGAGGCUGAAAAAGAGAAUUUUGAUCUUGCGGUAAAAUUUAUCAAUAAGUUAAAAAUUUUGAAGUGCCUUUCUCAUAAUGGUAUUAUGCUUAGUAUUUCUAGUUUCUGUGAUCACACUGUAAGAAUAUUUACAACGUUUUCUGAGCAUUUUCAUUUCUUAGAAGGUGAUUAUCGUCAUGAAACUUGGUUGGAGUUUUUUUGUAAACUUGGCUUGCAAACAACAGUAAACUUUGAUACAUUUAUCAAGUUAGCUAAGCAAGUUGAGAAAGGUGACCAUUCUGAACUUGAAAGUGCCUCGGAUGUUUUAUUUUCUUACAUAUUCUCAAUAAAUGCUGAGCCAUGGUACAAGUCUCAAUACAAUAUGUCAAUGAUUGGUGACAUCAGAUUUGUCAAAACAGCCAAACUUAAACCAUUUAGUUGGAUUAAAGCCCCAUGCAGCCCGCCUCAUUGGUUCCAAUCUCAAAGUAUAGGACUAACGAAGUGCAAUGAAGCUGUUGUUGAUAUGCAUUCAGCAGUAAUAUGGACUAUCAAACCAGUGAUUACUCUUCAUAAAACUCCUUCUUCUAGAAUGAAUAAUGUGUUAAGCCAAUUAGGGGUUGUACUGGAACCAGAUCCAGCUGAUGUGUAUCAAAAUAUAAUUAAUAUUUCUAAUACAAACUUAGCAAACCCAGAAUUGUUCUCAAAAUAUAAUCCAUUGCUUGAGUGUCAUGAUAAUGAAGAUAAGAUUAGCAUUUUUGAAAUAAUUACAGCAAACAUUAAAUAUUUACAUGCCAUAAAUUGUGAACUACUACAGAAUUUAAGAGAGGUGCCGUGUAUACCAGUUCUGGCUGAUGGAACUGAUGAAAGUAAGACUGUUCUUGUCAGACCACUUCAAGUAUUGGUACAGGCUGUUAAUGAUUUUGUACCAUAUCUUCACACUGUUCCAGAAAGGCUUUAUCCUAUAAUGCAAGCUUUUCAAGUCAUGGGUGUUAGCAGAGAACUUGAGCUAAAACAUAUCAACUAUAUGUUGAAAUUGAUCAAGGAUUCUCACCCAGACAGUAUUAUGAUCAGUGAUCCAAAUGAACUCAGACGUAUUACAAAAGCAAUUCGUAUAAUUUAUGAGUUGCUUUUGCGCAGUAAUAAAGAAAAAUCUCAGGCACAGUUAGAGUCUUUACAUCUCCCUACACAAGUCAGCCAAAGCCAUUUUAAAUUGGUUCCAACAAAGUAUCUUGUUUUUAAGGACAGUACAAGAUAUAAGUUAGAGAAAUUGAUAAUUUCUACAUCUUCAUACUUUCUGUUCAAAAUUCCUUUGCGUGACAAUAAAUUGAGUGAAAAGGAAUUUUGUCUAAAAUUACCAAGGAGUGUUAGGCCUCAUGGCUUUUCUCUUUGCUGUCAUGAGACAGUUCUUUGUGCUCAACAAAAUAAAGAUAGUGGAAGUCCUUUGGUUAGCCAUUUCAAAAAGUUUAGGACGUUAUUUCCAAAGAUUGCUUGUUCUAUUUCUAGUAUUAUUGAUAAAAAUCUACCUCGUUCUUUCGAUGAAAAGGAGUCAGAAAAGUUCGUUGAGAAACUUAAAGAAAUAUUGACUGAAAUGACAGUGACUACAAUUAAUAAUCUGCAAGUAAAAGUAACGCUAAAAGGUGAUAGUGAUUGCAUAGGAGUUUUGAAAGUUGAUUAUUCACUUCAGAAAACCAAUGAAACUUAUACUCUUUUUGUAGAUGAAGAAACUACAUCAAGCAGUACACUAUGGGCAGAAAUGGCUCAAAGUUUAUGCAUAGAAAUUAGUCGUCUUCUUGAAUGCGACUUAUUAAAAUUCUUCAAAUGCCGGGAGAGUCUCAGUCACAUACUUGCUGUUCAAUCAAUAAAUGACAUGCAGCAGUUAGUUGAUGUACAAGAUCUUGAUAUAGUAAAUGAUGAUGAAGUGAGUGAUGACUAUAAACCAAACAUUGGUCACCCUUUACCAGAUUCCUUAGUCACAAUGCUCUCUCAGGAUAUUGAUUACAUAUUUAGGCCACAAGACCUAGUUGGGUAUGAACUAGAAGUAAAUUACUACAUUUGGGCCAUGAUACUUUAUCCAGUUAUGGAUGACACUGUGCCUAAGAGUGACACUGGUCCUAAGCUGAAGCGAUAUGUAAUAGCAUGGUCUGAGCUUGAAGAGCCAAAAGAAGUAUCAUCUGUCUACUUACAUAGGUUUGCACCUCAAGAAUUUACAGAACAAAGCACAGAGACUGCUUUAGCUACAUAUCAUGGUGUGUCUGAGUUAGAGGAAUUAAAAGACAGUAAGGAGUUGUUUGAAAUAAAAAAGAGAAUUAUAAAAGAACUUAAGCUUAUUUGGAACUCUGAUCUAAGUGAUAAAGAAAAGAAAAAGGCAGUACUUAGAAUGUUUUUGAGCUAUCACCCAGACAAAGCCAUGACUAAUAAACACCUUUACGAAGAAGCAUUCAAAUUUCUACAGCGACAGCUUGAUCGACUAGAGAAGGGAUUAGAACUAGAAGAACCAAAGGAUGACGGACCAGUUGACAAUUGUGAGCCAUCUCAUUGGCGUGAAUACUUUACUAGUUGCAGUGAUGUUUUUAGAACUUACAAUCACAAAAGUAGAACGGGAGGCAUUGGGGGAAAUAAAGGUAGAAAAGGAGGCGUUGGGAAAUUUGAUAGCUGGAGUGACUAUGUUAAACCUAAGCCUGAUGUAAUUGAAGCAAAACGCUGGCUUAGGCAAGCAAAUUCUGAUCGUGAAGCUAUGGAAAUUCUCCUUGAUUCUCUUAAUGCUAAACGUGUGUCCUGCCAAGUUGCAUUUUUAGCACAUGAAGUGGUUGAGAAAGCAUUAAAAGCUGGAAUGUAUCAAUUAAUUGGUAUAAAUCCUAGUUGUGAAUCAUUAGUGCAUCACAAGUUAACUAGCCAUGCUCGUGCUAUUUCUUCAGAAAAACCAGGUCAGGCAGAAGAGCUUCCAGGAAUAGCAUCAAAAAUGGAAAGUUCAUAUCUUGAUACUAGGUUCCCAAACCGUCAUCCUAUGCCAUCUGCACCAGUGGAUGUGUAUUGUCCUGAACAAGCUAGGAGAAAUGCUGAAAUGGCUGAAACUGUUUAUAAAAUUAUUUACAAAAUUGUGAACAAUUGACUAUGUAGGUUAAUACUUACUAAAAUUACAUUUUUUGAUAAUUAUUGAUUUGCUUUGUUUUAAAAUGACUUUUUGAAAAUGCAGAAGCCUAGGCAUUGAAACUGCUGUAAUAAUUCAAAAUUUAUGUAAU